GCUGCGGGGUGUGCCGGUGGCUGGAACCCUGGCCCACUCGUUCAUCACUUCAUUUUCAGGCUGUGAGGUGCCUUCUGACCCAGUCAGUAUCUUCUCAAUCCUGCUCUACUCUGGAGGGUAGACCCCAAGGCUAACCCUGUUCCUUGAUGGCGUGGGCUGGGUUCAGCCAUGCAUAUAGGUAGAUCCCACCCUGGACAGUUAGCUUCAGGGCCACCCUAGGAAGCUGGCACAUAGGCAACAUUACCUUUUUUCUUAGACCAGAGUAUAUUGGUCACUCCCAGGCAUCACACUGCACACUGGGUCCAUCCUUCACUGACCCCUUUCCACAGAUGUUGGCUCCAGCUGUUGGUGAAAGUCCCAGGGUGGACCUGGCUGCCAGUGUAAAGUUGUGGUUGGAGCGUGUGUGUACCUACCUUGGGCUUGGGGUGCAGGAGCCGCACCCAGGGGAGCGGGCAGCUUUUGUGGCCUAUGCUCUGGCCUUUCCCCGGGCUUUCCAGGGCCUGCUGGACUCCUACAGUGUGAGAAGGAGUGGUCUUCCCAACUUCCUAGCAGUAGCUCUGGCACUGGGAGAGCUGGGCUACAGGGCAGUGGGCGUGAGGCUGGACAGUGGCGACCUGUUUCAGCAGGCUCAGGAGAUUCGAGGGGUCUUUCGGACUGUUGCUGCCCAAUUCCAAAUGGCCUGGCUGGAGUCAGUCCCCAUCGCAGUCAGCAACAACAUUGACGAAGAGGAGCUGGCCCGACUGGUCCAGGAGGGCAGUGAGGUAGACAUCAUUGGCAUUGGCACUAGUGUGGUCACCUGUCCCCAGCAGCCUUCAUUGGGUUGUGUCUACAAGCUUGUGUCUGUGGGUGGCCAGCCCCGAAUGAAGCUGACUGAGGACCCUGACAAACAGACACUGCCAGGGAGCAAGGCUGUCUUCCGGCUUUUAGCCUCUGAUGGAUCUCUGCUAUUGGACCUGCUUCAGUUGGCAGAAGAGCCACCACCCCAGGCUGGGCAAGAGCUGAGGGUUUGGCCUCGAGGUUCCCAGGAACCCUGCACUGUGAGACCAGCCCAGGUGGAGCCGCUGCUGCAACUCUGGCUACAGCAAGGACAGCUGUGUGAGCCACUUCCAUCUCUGACAGAGUCCAGAGCCUUUGCCCAGUGGUCUCUGAGCCGCCUCAGCCCUGUACAUCGGCAGCUGCAGAACCCUGUGCUGUACCAGGUUGCACUCUCUGAGAAGCUUCAAAGCCUGGUGGUCAAUCUGAGUAGCUGAGGUGCCCCAUGAGAAUUCCAGAGGAAGGGACUACCUGGAAAUAACACAUGUCAUUUGCUGUCCCCACACCUUGUCAUGUGUGUGUCCAGAGUGUGGACACUGAAUUUACACCUGGGCCUUGGAAAUUUGCCUCCCUGUCUCUGAUCCAACUCCUCUCAACAGAUCCUCAAUAUCUAUUUCCUCCGUCAGAAAUCUGGGUCCUACCUAUCUUAUGUGGAGGUCUAGAUGGCAGGACACAUUCAAAACAACAGUAGCCUUGGCUGAUUGGGUGGAUUAAACAGAAGUGGCAUAAACUGUGUUGGCUUUCCCUGGGUAAGGUCCCUCUCCCACAGCAGGCUAAGACAGGUGGUGCUUCACUCACAUAACUGAACCUUCAGGUUGGGGCCGACAACAUUUCCUUGGGUUAGCACAACCACAAGAGAAAGUAAAGACUGGUUGGGUAGUGGGUCCCUCACCUGGGAUAUAGUGUCCUGCUCAAGUUGGGGACAGGACCUGGCGGAGGAACUUCUGAAAAGACAGACCUGUCAAAAAGCCCAAUGUCCUGAGCUGGGGCUCCUUAAACCAUACUUGACUCAGAAGUCCGAAAAUAGCAGCACAGUCCUAUUUUCCAGCCAUUCCACAAGGAAACAUCCCUUCCAAGAAGUUAGUGGUGAUGUGCACUGAGAUUUUACACCACAGUCCAGGGGGUGGGCAUCACACCUGGGGCCCUGAAGGAAUCUCACAAACAAUUUCAUCCUAGACUGAGUCCAACACUUUCUUUUCUUGCAAUGUCAAUUUACACAGCAGUCCCAAAACAUGUUGAGGUAUGAUGAGGCAAAGAAUCCACAAGAAG